AUGCUAGUGCUCGUAGAACUGCAAAAAAUGGGGUCCCGGCGCUUAGAGAGGUGGCACGCUCAUCAACGGGUGGACAAGAAUCAUGCCAUCAUCUUCCCCACUAUAGAUAUGGUCCACCGCCUUAGCAAGCACAAGUGCAGUGAUGACAUUCAUAAGAUUUAUCAACAAGAGGAGGUUUUCAUGUACCAUUUUUUACCGCUUGGAGAGCCAACCUCAAAUAUCAUCCAUUAUCAAAAGACUGAUAAGGGUGAGCAGCUUCUGGCACGUGACGCAGCCAUAGAGUUACAUCUGUAUCCGUUCCAUACCUUGCUGUCUCUUCGAUCACAUGUGGAACCACACUAUGUGGUCAUCAACGCCACUCAGAAGCCACUAUCCAUCGGUCAAGGCCAAUCCCAAAUGCAGUUGCUUCGCUCGAUUGCAGCUGUCUACAAUAUGGACUUAAGUGCUGCUCAGAAGUUUUUCAUAGAUAUCGACUUGCUAUACAAGGCCUGGAAAGAACCUGCACUAAAUGAUUUUGCAAUUCCCAAGGUGAAGAAAGAAGCUCAGGUAAAUGGAAACAAGGGAAUGGAGGACGCGGUGAUGAGCAUGGGUAUGCUCUAG